CCUCCCCAUUAUCCUCUUUUAAGCUAAUCUUAGUUAACACCUAGCCUUAGCCAUGUCCACGAAAACCAUGAACAACUCUACAGUAGUCAGCAGCAGAAAGGAAAGAUUCCUCCACAAACUCAAGCUCAUCGGCCUAGUCCCACAACCUCAAACUAACUACCACCUCAACAAAACUACUCCACAAAUCAAAGAGGCAGAAGAAGAACCCCAUGAUCAAGUGGCGGCGGUGAGGUGUCCGCCAGGUGGAGCCGAGGCUGCGAUCCUCUACACCACGAGCUUACGGUCGAUACGGAAGACGUUCGAGGACUGCCACUCCAUCCGCUUCCUGCUGCAGAGCUUCAAGGUGGCGUUCCAGGAGCGCGACGUGGCGAUGGACUUGGGGUUCAGGGAUGAGCUGUGGAAGGUGAUCGGCGGCGGCGGGAGAGUCGUCCCGCCGCGGCUUUUCGUCAGAGGGAAGUACAUAGGGGGAGCUGAUGAAGUCAUCACUCUGCACGAACAGGGGAAGCUGAGGAAGCUGUUCGAUGGAAUCCCGACGGUGGGUUCGCCAGCAGGCAAUUGCGGGUGCGCCGGCUGUGGCAACUUGAGGUUUGUCGUGUGCACCAAUUGUAAUGGUCGCCGGAAGGUGGUGGCAAUCGGCGGCGGCGAGCAGGAAGGUGGUGGUGGUGGUGGUGGGGAUUUUGUUAGGUGCUUGGAGUGUAACGAGAAUGGACUUAUGAAGUGCCGCAUUUGUAGCUGAAGUAGGUACUCUGUCGACACUAUAAUGUGCAUUGGUAUGUGGUAGUGGAUAGCUGUUUGUUAGUGUAAAAUAAUGAAUGGUAUUCUAGGACUUGUUUGUAAAAUGGUAAAAUUAAGAUUUGGUGAUUUU